UGGUCGGCAGAGAACUCAUGAAGCAUUGCUUCAACCAUCGAUUUCCUUUCUGCUUGACUGCUCCGUUGCAUUCUUGGCCGCCUCACUCGCUCUAGUGGCCUCUUCAUCCAGUCGUUAAACCGGUUCCUGCACCGGCGUCGAGGGCGUCUCUGAAGUCAACAAAGAGCUCGGCCUCCUGUUUGACGUUGCUCAGCGAACCAGCCGCCCGUCACGCAACCUGCUUCCACGUCUCGGGACACUCACUUAAUUCGACACCCUCGUUUGGACUCUUCUUGGAUACCUAUUCAAUUUGGCUACCUUCUCCGUUGGUAGUUCUGGUUGGAUCCCUAGCCGUGCUUGUGAAAUAUCGCUUGACAUCUGUGUUCCCCGGGCUCUUGAGAUAGGCAUCCACCUAUCGAGUUCGGAAUUCUAAGACUCUCAUCCGCUUCGGAGGGGCACCACCAUCCCAGCCGCCUCAGAAUGGCGAACCCACGGAUGUCGAUGUAUUCCGUGGCGUCGGAUGGUGCGACUGGUCCCCGCGGUGCCGGCCAGCAAUCCUCACAAGUCUCGACGACCACCCUGCUGAACGCCGUACACAACAUCUAUCUCUCUUCCCAGCCAUACCGGCUCGAUGCUGGGUCAAGCCUGGUAGUUAACACCUGGCUUACCGCAGCCCAAGCUAGCCCGGAUGGACGUGCUGGGGGGACUGUCGACACAGCUUUGGCGGCAAGAGCGUGGGAGCAUGCUCGACGACGUGCUGAGGAUGGCUGUAUCAUUCUGGGCUCCCUGCAUACCUCUACGCCUUCGCAGCUGGCCCCCUUCCUGGCCUCCAUGCCCCUUUCCAUUCCGAGUUCUCUGUUCAAGGCCCUCGAAGCCGUCGAGCCCUUUCUCCGCUGCGUUACCCCUUACAACCCCUCAACCCCACGCCAGGUGGCUCUUGGCGCUACCUUGACCCUCAACCUCGCCGGAAAUUUGACAGCAGCCACUCUUGCUUUAUCGCAGGGCGGGAUUGACACCUGGAAAGGCCUUCUCAGCAUUCCGGCCGAAGCAGGUUAUCGAGCAUUCGACGUGUUCUACUACCUCCUCACAUCUGCAUCCACUCCCGCGGAACGCGAGUUCCUCGGUCUCAAGCAUGCCUCCAGCUACUCCCUCCUGUCCAAGUCAGGCACAUAUGAUCCUCCGUCAUACCUGCCAACUGCCGACGAUGCGGCUGCGGCGGAUGAUUUCCGCACAGCAUUGAAGGAAAUCGGAAUCAAGGGCUCUGCACAUCGCAACUUCAUUUCUACACUUGCCGGCCUCUUGAAAUUGGGCAACACUCUCGACUACGAGGCUGAUGGGGACGAGCUGGAUGAGAUCUGCGAGGACGUUAGCGGACUUCUGGGCAUGGAUCCCGCAAUCCUCGCCCGGCAGUGCACUACCGACGAUAGAGCGACAUUCAUCGGCGGCCUUUACGAAGCCCUCGUGGACUGGGUCAUCACCAAGGCGAAUGAGGCCAUCGCGGCCCAAAUGACACGCAUUCGAGAUGGAGACGAGUCCAGCGAUGGCGGGCGCGGGGCCAGAACUCCCAACACCAACGAGGACAAUGGCGAUACCGUCUGCAUCACCGUCAUUGAAAUCCCCGACCCUACGCUGGGAAAGGCGGUCGCCAUGCGUGGCAUAUUCGACGACGGCAUGGGCAUCAACUCGGAGAUGAAACAGGAUGGCAUGGAUAUGACUCCUGCCGGAAGCUCAGUCGUCCGAGAGAUGCAGAACGCUGUAUCCGAGUGCGGGCCUGACUUGGGGGACAUGAACGGCCCCACCGGCAGAGACCGGCAGCAUGUCUUGGAGAAGAGAGAGGAGAUACUCGAGAAGAUUGCCUUCUCGGCCGACGAGGACGGUUUCUUGAAGAAGCUCCUAUUCCCCGUCGAGGGCGAGGGCAUCAACCUCGGCCGCAAUGCCCGGUUCGACCUGCCUGCCUUGCUGAGCAGUAGUAGAGUCUGGUACCACCUGGCGAUCCACCCGACCGAUGAGUCUCCUGCUAGUCUGGCCGCCCUGCCAUCUGUCACUUCUGCGUGGUCGGCAGGAACGGUGUCUCGCCAACUACGUGCCUGGAGGCUCCCUGAGUGGGCCAACAGGCGCAACAAGCACCUCGAUUUCACCGCAGACUUUGAUCUCGACGAGUUUGUGCAGCGAUACCAGAUAUUGGGCUGCAAGGAUGGCAGGGACGGUAUCGAAAGCUGGAUCUUGGAACGAGGAUGGAGCAAUGGCGAGGUCGUCAUCGGCAACGAGCGUGUAUGGAUGCGCGAGAAUGCAUGGUGGGAGGCCGAGGCCAUGCUCGACAUGAAGCCCAUGGGAGGCCACAUGCCAGGCAUGAGCAUGGGUAUGGGCAUGGGCAUGGGCAUGGGCAUGGGUAAUGCCAUGUCCACUGUCGGGCCCGAGUCCGGAUACUCUGCAAACGGCAGCGGGUUCUUCCAGCCUCCUCUAGUGGAUGUCACACCCAGCGGCAGUCGUGAGCGGCUCAUCCACCAGAGAAACCUCAGCCAGCCCACCAUGGGCCCCAGCCCGUUGGCAGCGCCAUCCAUUGCGCCCACCGCCAUGAGGAACGUCAGUAAUGGCGACUACGGACUCGGCAACAAGGGCGACACGUACAACGACCAGGUGUACUACAACAGCGAGGGAGAAUUCAUUGGGAACCUGGACGAGGAGCUCGCAAACAACAAGUCCAUAGAGGAACGCCCAACCAGCACCUCACGAAGGGUAUGGGUCGUGGUUGUCUGGGCCUUGACCUUCUGGAUCCCCUCUCCGCUUCUGCGCUAUGUCGGCCGCAUGAAGCGGCCAGACGUCAGAAUGGCGUGGCGGGAGAAGCUGGUCCUGUGUUUCCUUAUCUUCCUGCUCAACGCCAUGGUCGUAUUCUGGAUUAUCUGGUUUGGUCGCCUUCUCUGCCCCAACUUCGACAAGGCCUGGUCUCGAGACGAAGUGAAGACGCACCAAGGCGGAGAUGACUUCUGGGUCAGCAUCCGUGGCAAGGUCUACGACAUCUCCAAGUUCUGGAGGCUUCAGCACAGCGAUAGUAACAUCGAAACCACCUCGGACUUGAUGAUGCCCUUCGCCGGCAUGGAUUUGGACCCGUACUUCGUAGCACCUCUUCCUCUCCUCUGCCGCGGGCUUGGCAUCAGCGACACCGUACAGCUGAUGACGAACGCCACGAUCACGAAUCCCGAGGGUAUGCACAUCUCGGGCCGCCUCCAGCCCGAUCCCACCAGCAAACUGGCCUCUGAGAACUGGUAUACGAGUACCUUCCUGCCGCGUAUCAAGGAGUACUACCAUGGUGACCUGGUCUGGUCCGUCAAGGAUAUCAAGUCGGACGGGAAGGACAACAACCAUGAGUGGUUUAUCUACGAGGGUGCCGUGUACGACCUUACUGAUUAUUUCUACACGUUGAAAUGGACCAAGAACCUCCCGAGCAACGCCUUCCUCAACGCGGAUCUCAUCAACGCCGUCAGAAACAAUCCCGGCCAGGAUCUUACCGAUUCUUGGAAUUCCAUCGUCGAGAGGAGUCUGGGCAAUGAGACGGCCCAUGUCAAUGUGCGGAACAGCAUCACCUGCGUCCAAAAUGCCUUCUACGUCGGCAUUCCUGACUUCAGAUUCACGGCCCGGUGCCAAGUCAACAACUAUAUCCUCCUCGCCUUCACCGUCAUGAUCUGUUCCGUGAUCCUCAUCAAGUUCGUGUCGGCGCUGCAGUUCGGCUCGAAGCGAAGGCCGGCCCCCCAGGACAAGUUCGUCAUCUGCCAGGUCCCCGCCUACACCGAAGGCGAAGAUGCCCUGAGGAAGGCGCUGGAUUCGCUCACGGCUCUUCAGUACGACAACAAGCGGAAGCUGAUCUGCGUUAUUUGCGACGGUAUCAUCGUCGGUGCCGGCAACGACCGUCCCACCCCCAAGAUUGUGCUGGAUAUCCUCGGCGUCGACCCCAAGGUUGACCCACCCGCCCUUCCCUUCAAGUCCGUCGGCAACGGCAGCGAGCAGCUCAACUAUGGCAAGGUCUACUCGGGCCUCUACGAGUACGAGGGCAACGUGGUGCCAUACAUCAUCGUCGUCAAGGUCGGGAAGGAAUCCGAACAGAGCAUGACAAAGCCCGGCAACCGUGGCAAGCGCGAUUCGCAAAUCAUGAUCAUGAGCUUCCUCAAUCGUGUUCACCACCGCGCGCCCAUGAAUCCACUCGAGCUGGAGAUGUUCCAUCAGAUCAACAACAUCAUCGGCGUGGAUCCCGAGCUUUACGAGUACCUCCUCAUGGUCGAUGCCGAUACCUGCGUCCGGGAGGACUCGCUCAACCGUCUGGUUGCCGCCUGUGCCAACGAUGCCAAGAUUGCCGGAAUUUGUGGCGAAACGAGCUUGCAGAACGAGGAGCGAUCCUGGUGGACCAUGAUUCAGGUUUACGAGUAUUUCAUUUCUCACCACAUGGCCAAGGCCUUCGAGUCCCUCUUUGGCAGUGUUACCUGUCUGCCCGGCUGUUUCUCCAUGUACCGUCUGAGAACGGCUGAUAAAGGAAGGCCCCUGAUCAUCUCUGACGCCGUGAUCAAGGAGUACAGUGACUGCCAUGUCGACACCCUCCACAAGAAGAAUCUCUUGUCUCUCGGAGAAGACCGUUAUCUCACAACGCUGAUGACCAAGCACUUCCCGUUCAUGUCGUACAAGUUCAUUCCCGACGCCUACUGCCAGACAGCUGCGCCUGAGAAGUGGAGUGUUCUGCUAUCCCAACGCCGUCGCUGGAUCAACUCGACCAUCCACAACCUGGUGGAGUUGAUGUGGCUCAAGGAGCUGUGCGGCUUCUGUUGUUUCUCGAUGCGGUUCGUCGUGUUCAUCGAUCUCUUCGGCACCAUCAUCCUUCCUGCCACGUGUGUCUACCUGGGCUGGAUCAUCUAUGUCGCCGCCACCCACCAAGGCCAGUUCCCGCUUAUCUCGAUCAUCAUGCUGGCCGCCGUCUACGGCCUCCAGGCUCUCAUCUUCAUCUUGAAGCGUCAGUGGCAGCACGUUGGCUGGAUGAUCAUCUACAUCAUCGCGUUCCCCAUGUACUCGUUCAUCCUUCCCAUCUACUCCUUCUGGAACCAGGACAAUUUCUCGUGGGGCAACACUCGCAUAGUCAUCGGGGAGAAAGGCAACAAGAAGGUUGUUGCAGUGGACAAGGAGGGCUUCGAUCCUCGCAGCAUCCCGUUGCAAAGGUGGGACGACUACGCGCUGGCUAACAGCCUCCCUGGCCGCCGAGGCGUGAACAUGGAGAAAGUCGGGCAUGACAACGCCGUCUACGACGAGAACUACGAGCUUGACGACAUGAAGUCGGUGUACUCGUCGGUUCGGCAGGCGUCGAUUCUCACCGGCCUCCAUGGUCACGGUGCUGGUGCGUACAUGCCACCACAGUCUCCCGCGCCGUUCUCCGGUCCCGGCGGUGUGACUCGCAGCUCGACCUUCCUCGGUACCUCGCCGUAUGGCGAUGCCGGCUUUGGAAACCGUCAGUCCAUGGUGUCCAUGGGUGGUGGCUUCCAGGACGUCCAACGUACCCAGUCUCCGUAUCAAGGCGCCACUGCCAGCCACAGGCCGAGCAUGGGCAACCUGCGCAUGUCGACCACCUCGCCGGCACUCGGCAUGCCAGCGGCAACACCUCGGUCCUCCACCAUGAUGGGCUACUCGGGUGGCGGAAGGCCGCCCCUGGGACUGCACGCCGAGUCCGGCCACCAGUCGACUCUCUCGUUCGACUUCCAGCGGGGCCACGUCGGACCCGACGACGCGGCCAUCAUCGAGGCCAUCCAGUCCGUUCUCGGCGAGGUCGACCUCGACACCGUUACCAAGAAGCAGGUCCGCGCCCUCGUGGAGCAGAGGCUGCAGACAGAGCUGGUGGGCGAGAGGAGGACAUUCAUGGACCGGCAGAUCGACAACGAGCUGGCCAACAUGUAAUGGGGUGGUUUUCCGACGCAUAUCCCAAUUACCUGUCUAUCUAUCAUACAUAACUAAUACUCUUGAUCUACGGAUACAUGUGGAGGGAGGGAUCCAUGCGUCAUGACCGGUCUUCACCGUAUAAAGGGUUAUCGGGAGGGCGUUCGUAUCGUUUUUAUUUAUUCUCAUUUUCAGUUCCUUCUUGUUGGGGUUUCUAUUUUGUCGUACUGUUUAGCCGAACUUGCUUGGGUUGUAAAAAUUGUCUGGUCGGGAAGGGGCCGUGAGAGAGUCGAGAGUCUCUUAUCAUAUUCACAUCACGUUCCUUAACUUGCUGUGGCGUUUGAUCCAAAUCCGUUGAGGUUGCAUAGGUAAUUUCCAUAGCUAGAACCACUCUAAUACAAUCCAUGUACUGUAUGUACAUCAUACUCCUGAA